GAGCCGCGCUGCCACCGUGUCCGAGCCGGAGCCGCAGCCCGCUGCCGGAGCGUCGCGGGGCCCCGAGUCCGAGCCGAACGCCCUCCUCGCCGCCCGCUGCGUCCCAGCGCCCGCCGGAGCCGCCGCGCCGCCCGCGCACCCCCGAAGCGGCCGGGCCCGAGCCCGCCUCGGCCCUCUGCUCGUCCUCCCCGCCCCGCACCGGCCUUCACUCUGGAGCCGCCCCGGCAGCCGCAGCAGGGGCGGCGGCGGCGGAUCGAGGAGCUCUCCAGGUCGUCCCGGGAGAGGCUGCUGCAGUCCCGUGACAAGAUGUUCUCCAAGUUCACCUCCAUCCUGCAGCACGCCGUGGAGGCGCUUGCACCUUCUCUUCCUUUACAAGAAGAUUUUGUUUAUCACUGGAAGGCAAUUACCCAUUACUACAUAGAGACUUCGGAUGAUAAAGCCCCAGUGACAGAUACAAAUAUUCCCUCUCAUCUGGACCAGAUGUUAGGUAUUUUGCUACAGGAAGAACGGGAGCGAGAGUUCGGAGUGACAGGGCCGUGUAUGGAAUAUUUGCUUCAUCACAAGAUCUUGGAAACGUUAUAUACCUUAGGAAAAGCUGAUUGUCCCCCAGGGAUGAAGCAGCAGGUGCUGGUGUUCUACACUAAACUCUUGGGGAGGAUCCAGCAGCCGCUGCUCCCGCACAUUAACGUCCACAGGCCGGUGCAGAAAUUAAUUCGACUGUGUGGUGAAGUACUUGCAACACCAACGGAAAAUGAAGAAAUCCAGUUUCUCUGUAUUGUAUGUGCAAAGCUGAAACAAAAUCCCUACUUGGUUAAUUUUUUUCUGGAGAAUAAGUUGAAGUCAUUGGCUUCCAAAGGCACACCAGAUGUAAUUUCAGAAGACUCACUGAAAGGUCAGGAUUCCGUGUCAACAGACACGGGCCAGUUCUGUCAGCCAGAGGAACUGUCUGGUGCUGUGGGGCUGGAGCACACAGAGACAGAAGAUGAGCCUCCUCAGCAGAUGGAUGAGCUGUCCACCAGCUUGGAUAGCCUAGCCGUCAGCCCACUGCCUGAGGCCACGGUUGUUCGUCCAAACCAGGAUUACAACUUAGUGAAUUCCUUGUUAAAUCUCACUAGAAGUCCUGAUGGCCGGAUAGCUGUGAAAGCCUGCGAGGGCUUGAUGCUGUUAGUCAGUUUGCCGGAGCCUGCGGCUGCCAGGUGCCUCACGCAGAGCACGUGCCUGUGCGAACUGCUGACAGACAGGCUCGCCUCCCUGUACAAGGCCCUACCUCAGUCCGUGGAUCCGUUAGAUAUCGAAACAGUGGAAGCGAUUAACUGGGGCUUGGACUCAUAUAGUCAUAAAGAAGAUGCUUCAGCAUUCCCAGGAAAACGAGCCUUAAUUUCAUUUCUUUCCUGGUUUGAUUAUUGUGAUCAACUUAUAAAGGAAGCACAAAAGACCGCUGCUAUUACUCUUGCCAAAGCUGUCCACGAAAGGUUUUUUAUUGGAGUUAUGGAACCUCAGCUGAUGCAAACUUCUGAGAUGGGUAUUCUAACAUCAACUGCUCUGCUCCAUCGCAUUGUUCGGCAAGUAACCUCUGAUGUUUUGCUUCAAGAAAUGGUGUUUUUUAUCCUUGGAGAACAGAGGGAACCGGAAACUCUGGCAGACGUUAGCAGACACCCUUUAAGACAUAGGUUAAUAGAGCAUUGUGAUCACAUAUCUGAUGAGAUAAGCAUAAUGACGUUAAGAAUGUUUGAACAUCUUUUACAAAAACCCAACGAGCACAUUCUUUACAACUUGGUCCUAAGAAAUCUCGAAGAAAGAAAUUAUACCGAGUAUAAGCCUCUGUGUCCAGAAGAUAAAGAUGUGGUGGAGAAUGGAUUGAUAGCAGGAGCCGUAGAUCUGGAAGAAGACCCAUUAUUUACUGACAUUUCGCCGGAUAACACUCUGUCAAAUCAGGAGUGGCUUAGCUCUUCACCCCCUGCUACUCCAGACCACCCCAAAAAUGAUGGGAAAACUGAAGUCCAUAAAAUUGUAAAUAGUUUUCUCUGUCUGGUACCCGAUGAAGCAAAAUCGUCCUACCAUGUCGAGGGCACUGGAUAUGACACCUACCUCCGAGAUGCUCACAGGCAGUUCCGGGACUACUGUACUAUCUGCUUAAGAUGGGAGUGGCCUGGAUCUCCAAAAGCAUUGGAAAAGUGCAAUUUAGAAGCUACUUUCUUUGAAGGUCAUUUUUUGAAAGUUUUAUUUGACAGAAUGGGAAGAAUUCUUGAUCAGCCAUAUGAUGUAAAUUUACAAGUCACCUCCGUGUUAUCUAGACUUUCCCUCUUCCCUCAUCCACACGUACACGAGUACCUUUUGGAUCCUUAUGUAAACCUUGCUUCUGGCUGUAGAUCCCUCUUCUCUGUCAUCGUCAGGGUUGUCGGAGACCUGAUGGUGCGAAUUCAGCGUAUUCCAGACUUUACUCCCAAGCUUCUGUUAGUCAGAAAGCGAUUGCUUGGCUUGGAACCUGAAGGCCCUAUCAUUGACCACAUCACUUUGCUAGAGGGUGUGAUCGUGUUGGAAGAGUUCUGUAAGGAACUGGCGGCAAUUGCAUUUGUGAAAUACCAUGCUUCCUCCACACCGUAAUAGCGUCCUCCAAGGAGCUAAGGGAGCAGAACUGUAGUGUACAUUUCAUCAAAAAAGACUCAGCUUCACCCAGCCGAGAGGAUAAAAAGCCUUUUUAAAUGAAGUACUGCUGUAAACUGGACAGAACCAUUAAGAACCCAUUGAGUGGACAUUCUCAGUAAAAUGUAUGAUGUUGUUUUCAUUGGCUUUACCGUAAUGGUUCUAUAUGUAAGAUUGCACGUCCUUGAAUCCAGGAUACAAUCAAAGGAACUUCAGGAAAGAAGCAUUUCUAAUGCCUGUGUGAAAAGCUGCAAAAUUUCUGAUGUCAUGACUUUGAUGAUAUUUCUGUUAUUUUAAUAUCCUUUUAGGUAGCAAGGCAUUUUGACAUUCUCUGGGACUCAAAUGCUUAUAUUCUUUUGGAUUAAUAAGUAGCAAAGAAAAAAAAACGAACUAAUUUUAUAACUUUUUAAGGUCAGAAUUCUUAUCAAACAAAAUAUGGAAAAAAACUGUAAAUGAGAAAAAAUACAAUUCAGAAACCAUCAAAUGAGUUAAUAGGAGAUAAAAAUGUGUAGAGCACCAUUAACUUUCUUCAGCUUUUCUAAGAAUAACAAUUUAAUAUGAUAAAGAAGUUCUUGAUUAAUAUAUAUUUUUUAAAAAAACGUUCUUUUACUCUUGGUGCACAUAGCCAUGUUAGUGAUUGAUUUUCACGUAUGGGUCCCAGUAUAUUUAAACUGUCAUUUUUGCAACAAUGUUGAAUUUGUGCUCACCAUUGGUAAUGUUUGCUGAAAUAGUAUUUUUUUAAGCUAAUGAAAAUAUAUUGGGUUGCGAACCUUUUUUUUUUUCCUUCUGUCCCUCUCUGAAAGUUGCUUUAUAAAAAUUGCUUUAUAAUUUGAUUUCUUACUGAAAUGCAUGGUAGUGUCUAGGCGGGAACGGAUAACCCUUUGGCAGCAAUCAAAAUGCCAGUGGGCCUCCUCAGUGUUUACAGUUGUUUGUUUUUUGGUUUUUGUUUUUUUUUCCAUUUUGUUCAGUCUUUUGUUUUAAAUGAUUCUAAGAUUUAAAAGGAAAACCAGUCUGUCCUGUUUACGUGUUAAGGAAUUUUGGGUCAAUUGGGUCUAUAUGAAGGACUGUGUGGUAGUUCAGCGGAGCUGUGCUGUGCACGGCGUGCUUCUCCUAGAUUUACAGAAUGCUGUUUGCUGAUCCACUUUCUACUCCUCCUUUGAGUGAUGCUUGUCACUCAGAUGUUGCUUUUAAGCUUUCUUCUUCCUCUCCUCCUCCUCCUCCUCUUCCCGUUGAAAUGUUAAGCAGCAGCGCUUUGUGCUUUAUCUCUCCAUUUGCUGAAAUUUGCCGGGAGCGGACUAUCAAAAUUUCCAGCUUGGAAGGAGGCGUCGCUGCUCCUUGUAAGAAGUUGUUUUAUGUAGCGUGUUUGUGUAUGUACAUCAUGUGGCAUGUGCAUAGAAGCGCAUUUUACACCUUCUGCUAAUUUUGUUGUAUUUUUCUGAUUUAUAGUUAGUUUUGGCUAUUUAUUAAGAACAAAAUAGCAAAAGAUUAUGAAUAUUCUUGGCUCUAGAAUGCUUAUCAAUGUUAAGACUACCUUUCUAGUUUAAUGCAAAUCUUUGUUAGCUCAGUCUAAGCACAUUUAUUAAGCGCAACAAGGAAAAAAACAAAAGUGGGAGAUGGUUACUUUGUGCGUGAUUUUCUUCAAAUGAUUUUUAAUGACGGGAAAGCAUUGUUCAGUGCUCUGUAUUUAUUGACCAGCCCACGCGAGAAACACUGCAACAUUUCCAUUUUUAGACAUGGCUGUAGUCAGUUACUUUGAUGUAGGUUUAUUUAAAAUAAGGCAUUAAGAGAUAGUAGAUACUUCUUAAUGUUUGCGCAGUGCUCAAUGGGUGUAUUAGCAAUUACCUCUCAAGCCAAAUACUAUUUUAUCCUUGAUUUCGCAAUGGGACCUUACAGCUAAUACAUGACACCAAGCUCAGAAAAGCUUUAACUUUUAUAUUUGUGUGUGUGUGUAUGCUGCUUCUUAAUUUUCCUAAGUUAUUGUAAUGAUUUUGAUCUGUAGUCAGCUAAAGCUUAAGAUCUAAGUUGUUUCUCUUCUGAGCUUCUCUUUCUUUCUUCUUCCUGUUUAGUUCAGACAGACCUAGAGCCAGCACAAGUUCUCACAGUGAGUUGGAUUUGUCAGUGAAACAAUGUGCUACUAGUCUAUGUCGUACUGUCUUGUGAAAGCUGAAUAUUUCUGUUACUCAGUACUUGCAAAACAGUGACUCAAAUGCACUGUGUUGGGUGGAAAGUAGCACCUUAACAACCGAUUGCCAUAGCAAGUUCCAAGAUGAAUGUUAGCCCGGCUUCACAUCAGUAUAAAUAGGUAUGCACAUUGUUUUUAACUUUCUAACAGUAUAGUCUUUGACUUUAUUUUUAGUAAUGAGCCACAUUCUUCACUUGCUAGAACUCAGAUUUGUCCUCAGCCAAUUAUCAUUGUAUUAGUCACAUUCUAACUAUGUAAUGUUCUCAUAAUGUAUCUAUCUGUGCAAUAUGGAAGCUAUGAGAGGAUUCAUAGCCCUUUGGUUUAAUUGUACAUUAUUAUGUGUGUGUACAUGUGUAUAUAUGUGUGUGUGUGUGUGUAUGUGUGUGUAUACACACACAUACACACACACACACAAAAGGACCAAAAUCCUUGGCUUGCUUACACUGUUGCUAGUGUAAAGAUUGUUACACUUAAUUUUACGGGGCACAAAUUAUGGAAUUACUUCAUAAUUCAUGGUGACAUAUUUCCAUAAAUUAUCACAUUAAUAUACAAUUCCCUUUUAAUUAUGAAGUUCACAGGUAUUGACAGAAGUUGCAGUCAAGUGCUAAAACCACAAAUUAUAUGGCACUUAUAUUUUGGGUUGUAUAAUUAAUCAAAAUAUGCAUGUCAUUGUGACACUUGAUAUGUUAAAACAUGAUAGAUAAUCAUAUUUCUGGGCCCUGUAAAAUAGUGUUACUAUAAUACUCUGGCCUCCUGCCUUGUUUACAUUAAACAAAGGAUAUUUGGUAAAUUUUUCUAUUGAACAUUGUGUAGGUUACUGACAGUAUUACCAAGGCCGGAGUUCUUGGGCCGUCUGUGAAGAAAAACUCUUCAGAUGGUGAUUGUGUACCUACUAUUUCUUCAAAAGGAGGUUGUGAUUAAGUUCAACUUUUUGUGCUAAUGAUGCAUGCAGGACUAAGAGGGAUAAUCCAAAAAUAAAUAAUGUAAUUUAAGCAAA